AUGCCUCCUGGAUUCACUGGAUUCAGAUUAUAUUUUGUGAUUUUAGCAGGAAAGCUCUUCUUGCACAGCAGUGCAGAGGAGCUGCCAUCUGAUCAUCUCCUCCAGCCAGCCCAGCGGGAGUCCCCUCUGCUGAAGCCCAGAGUGCUGAUCACCAUCCUCGCACGCAACGCACAACACAGCCUCCCUUACUUCUUGGGAUGCAUUGACAGACUGGACUAUCCAAAGGACCGCAUUAUCAUCUGGGCAGCCUCUGACCACAGUGUGGACAACAGUACAGCCAUGCUUCAGGAGUGGCUCAGAGGAGUUCAGCACUUGUAUCACUCAGUAGAGUGGAGGCCCAUGGAGCAACCGAGCUCUUAUGCAGAUGAGCAGGGUCCCAAACACUGGCCUGACUCCCGCUUCACUCAUGUGAUGAAGUUAAAGCAGGCAGCACUCAGAGCCGCCAGACGACUUUGGACUGAGUACAUACUGUUUGUGGACAGUGACAACUUGCUGACUAAUCGCCAGGUGCUGUCUGACAUGAUGGCACACAAUCUGACACUUGCAGCACCCAUGCUGGAAUCAAAAAACCUUUAUUCCAACUUCUGGUGUGGCGUCACUCCCCAGGGCUACUACAGACGAACUCCAGAGUAUAUUCCUAUCCGCAAAUGGAAGCGGCAGGGCUGCUUUGCGGUCCCCAUGGUGCACUCCACCUACCUGCUGGACCUGAGGCGCACAGCCAGCCAAGCGUUGGCCUUCCACCCUCCCCACCCCGACUACCCCCACCACAUAGACGACAUCAUGGCCUUCGCGUUCUCUGCACAGCAAGCAGGAGUUCAGAUGUAUGUGUGCAACGAGGACCAUUAUGGAUAUUUACCAGUGCCACUUAAGCAAGGCCAGACUCUGGAGGAAGAAGAGGAGAGUUUUACACACACAUUGACAGAGGCACUCAUUGCCUCCUCUGUGGAGCCUUCACAAUAUGUGAACACGGUGCCUAAAGAACCAGGAAAGAUGGGCUUUGAUGAGAUCUUCCUAAUCAAUCUGAAGUGCCGCUCAGACAGGCGGGACAGGAUGCUAAGGACUCUGGCUGUCCUCGGCAUCAACACUAUGCUGGCAGAAGCCGUGGAUGGCAAAGCCUUGAACUCCUCUCAGCUGCAGGCCAUGGGUAUAGACAUGCUGCCUGGGUACAAAGACCCAUAUUCAGACCGCGUGCUGACUAGAGGGGAGAUCGGCUGCUUCCUCAGCCACUACAACAUCUGGAAACAGGUGGUGCAGCAGGAACUGCAGCAGGUGCUCGUGCUGGAGGAUGAUGUGAGAUUUGAGCCCGGAUUUUGCCGCAGGCUGGUCACCAUCAUGGAGAAUGUGCAGAGGGUGGGACUUGAAUGGGACCUCAUUUAUGUAGGCCGUAAGCGGCUGCAGGUGAAGGAGCCGGAGUGCUGGGUGAAGGGAGUCAGCAACCUCGUGCACCCAGACUACUCCUACUGGACUCUGGGUUAUGUCCUGUCACUGAAUGGGGCCAGGAAGCUCCUGCAGGCCAAACCCCUGAACAAAAUGCUGCCUGUUGAUGAGUUCCUGCCUGUCAUGUUCAACAAGCACCCCAAAGACGAGUACAUGCAGUAUUUCGAGCAGAGGGACCUGAGAGCGUUCUCAGCGGCGCCUCUGCUGCUCUUCCCCACGCACUACACCGGCGAGCCGGGCUACUUCAGCGACACAGAGACCUCAACCAUCUGGGACGACGAGGCCGUGGACACGGACUGGGACAGAGACGGAGCCAAACGCCGGCGCGAGCGGGAGGCUGAGGAUGCCGAGUUCCAGCCUGUGGCCCAUCAUUCUGCUCGUGGUGGCGUACCCCGCCUCUCUGCCACUGCAAACAGAGAUGAACUCUGA